AUUCGGUGGAGCCUUCACAUGAGUGAGGGCGGUUUGAGCGCUGGAGUCGGAGCCCCUCCUGUCUCUGUGUGGUCUCACUUUGUGUGUCGUGGAAUAAGUAAAUUCCAUCUGAAAAGUUCCGCACAUCACCGAUCUGACUGCGCAGGGAGGCCGAAAACACCGACAUCAUCCCGGGAGAAGAGAGAGCAGCACCGUGUGGCAUCCAGGGAGCCGCUGUUAAACCAAACAUACUCUCAGAUGCCCGACAAGACUGUUCCAGUGUUAAAGGGAGAUGGCGGUUCCAUAUGAGGGCCAGUCUUUCUCUGCACUGAGGAGGCAGUGCCAGCAGAAUGGACGUCUGUUUGUAGACCCUCUGUUUCCCGCAUCUGACCAGUCUUUGUUCUACCAGAGCAACCAUAUCGGCCGAGUCACCUGGAAAAGACCUAAGGAGUUAUGCAGCGACCCCCAUCUGUUUGUUGAUGGCAUCAGUGCCCACGACCUGCACCAAGGCCAGCUGGGAAACUGCUGGUUUGUAGCUGCCUGCUCCAGUCUGGCAUCCAGAGAGGCACUCUGGCAGAAGGUGAUUCCUGACUGGAAGGACCAGGAGUGGAAUGAUGAAAAACCAGAGUCAUACGCGGGAAUCUUCCACUUCCGGUUCUGGCGGUUUGGUGAGUGGGUGGAUGUGGUGAUCGAUGACCAGCUGCCUACUGUGAACGGAGAGCUGGUGUACUGCCACUCCAAAGACAGCAACGAGUUCUGGAGCGCGCUGGUGGAGAAGGCCUACGCCAAAAUGUGUGGGUGCUAUGAGGCGCUGGAUGGGGGCAACACGGCCGACGCUCUCGUAGAUUUCACCGGGGGCGUGUCGGAGCCAAUGAACUUGACGGAGAAUGGGUUCAAAGAAGAUGAAGAAAAACGCAAUGAGCUGUUCGAGAGAGUCCUUAAAGUCCACAACAGAGGAGGGCUCAUCAGCUGCUCAAUCCGGGCAACCAGUGCAGAGGACAUGGAGGCCAGGCUGGCCUGCGGCCUGGUGAAAGGUCAUGCCUACGCGGUGACAGAUGUCCGCAAGGUGAGGCUGGGCCACGGCCUGUUAGCCUACUUCCGGUCAGACAAACUCACCAUGAUCCGCAUGAGGAACCCCUGGGGACAGAGAGAGUGGAACGGGCCCUGGAGCGACAGCUCUGAGGAGUGGAAGAAGGUCAGUAAGAGUGAGAGGGAGAAGAUUGGUGUCACCGUGCAGGAUGACGGCGAGUUCUGGAUGACAUUUGAUGAUUUUAUCGCCAACUUCACAGACCUCAUCCUAUGUCGUCUCAUCAACACAUCCUACUUGAGUCUCCAUAAGACCUGGGAGGAAGCCGUGAUGCGGGGCUCCUGGCGCCGCCACGACGACCCUCUUCUCAACCGAGCUGGAGGCUGCACCAACAACAAGCGCACCUUCCUCCAAAACCCACAGUAUGUGUUUGAUGUGAAGAAGCCAGAGGACGAGAUACUGAUCUGUCUACAGCAGAAAGACCGCAGAGCCAGACUGAAAGAGGGACGAGGAGAAAACCUGGCUAUUGGUUUCGACAUACACAGAGUGGAGUUAAACAGGAUCUACCGUAUGCAUGUCACCCAGCAGAAGGUUGGUGGGAGUGUCUACAUCAACUCAAGGUCUGUGUUCCUACGCAUUGACCUGAAAGAGGGGCGGUACGUCAUCAUACCCACAACCUUUGACCCCGGGCUGGAGGGAGAGUUUCUACUUCGCAUCUUCUCUGAUGUGUCCUCAGACUGCAAGGAGCUGACUGUAGAUGAACCUCCACAGACCUGCUGGUCCGGGUUGUGUGGUUAUCCCUCUCUGGUCACACAGGUCCACAUACUGCAGGCUAACGGACUCGCAGGACAAGACUCUGACGGAGUGUCAGACCCCUAUGUGAUCAUUCGCUGUGAAGGAGAGAAAGUUCGCUCUCCGAUCCAUAAGAACACACGCAGCCCUGCCUUCGACACCAAGGGGCUCUUCUACAGGAAGAAAGCCAACCAGCCAAUCAGCAUUGAGAUCUACAACCAUAACGUGCUGAUGGACUCCUUCCUGGGUCAGGUGACAUUGCCAGCUGAGCAAGGUGAAUUCCAGCAGACACUCCACCUGAGAGACAAGGGCAACCGCCGUGACAACGACCUCCCCGGUACCCUCACUGUUGCCGUGGUGACCAGCACAGUGCUCACCAACAUCUGAAACAGGCCACCAAUGUGUCCAGUCAUGGAUGAUUCAGGUGUCCCAAAGUUUACCAAAUUACCACUUUACCACAAAAUCUUUGCCUAUAAGCAUAAAUAUUCAGCUUGAACAGAUCAUUUACUUUUUGGAAGAAUUAACUUUAUAGAAAACUACAUCCAGCAGGAAGUCUGAAGAGAUCAUCAGAAGUAAUGACUAAUACAAAUGCAAGAAAUCUAAUUUUCUUUUUUUUUUCAGCUUCAUGCCCAUAAAAGUGUGUUUACAAAAUGAUUUACAGCACCUGUACUGGGUGUAUCUGAAUAUCCGAAAUUGAUAAUGAUAUUUAGCCACUUUAUAGACAUUGUUUACAGUUACCUUUUCCUCUGAUCGAAUCUCAUGUUAUGUUUUUAUUCUAUUGUUUAAUGUAUCAUUUUCUAUUUGAACAUAUUUUAUCUUUUAUUUUGAUUUACUUUUUCUAAAUCCUAUUUAUAUCUGUCUUUUUAUAUUGUCUUGUUUCUUUUUGAUCUUGUCAUAUUGCCUUUUAUUUUGAAAGAAGCUAUACAAAUAAACUUGUCUUGUGUAACACCAUGUCUAGACACAGCAAGCUGUUGGUAGAAAUCCUCCACUGUGGCAUUAGUUUGAUUAGAUUCUCUCAGUUGACAGUUUAUUAGGUACACCUAACUGAACCUAAUACACAAUGUUUCGACUGUUUUAGAGAGGUGUUGAUUCAACAUUUUGGAGGCUGCAGGUUGUGGUGUUGCAUAGCAUUAUACAAAGAGAUUUUUCUGUUAUUUAGGCUGCUCUCAGUGAUAUAAAUGGAGUGGACAAAAUAGUAGAAACACCUGUCAUUGAGAGGUUUAGGUUUACCCAUUUACAGAGUCUAAGGAGGGAUGGAAAACAUCGCUCAGUUCAUCAAAGUUUGUAGUUAUAACAGCUUAUUUUAAUAAAGCUAUAAUAAUCAUUUACAACAGAUUGUUUUACAGCAGCCAUGUGCAAAAUCUGAACACUGAACUGCAGACAGACGACCAAAAUUUGGACUUGCCAGAAUUCCAAACAACAACCAUAUCAUUGAUCAUCAUCAAUGUCAUGACCCUCUCAAACUGAACAGCAAAGGACAAUCAAUCUGAAAAUUGCAGAAAUUUAGCCUGAAUCUAAGAUCAGUCGAGGGUAACUAAAUCAAGUUUUAAAUCAGGCUUAAUCCAUACAUUCAGUGUGUAGUACAUUCCGUAUAGUCUUAUAUGUAAUUUUCAAAGGUCUUAAAUAUUUUUUCUAGCUGACAAUAGGCAGCAAUGUUUUUUAUUUGAUUUUAUCAAAUAAAUACAUAGGUUAUUUUUUUAACUGGUUAAUCCAUCCAUUCAUUCCCUGCUGUGUAUCCAGGUCCAGGUUCUGUUUAAUGAUUAAUUAAUGAUAUUAUUAGAAAUAUGCAGCUGUGAAGUAGUGACUUGAUUAAUCUUGCAGAAACCUUGUUAUUUUACCAUCUCUCAAAAAGAAAGUAAACAUAGUAAGUUAUUUCCUCCAAUGUUGUUCCUCCAAUGUUAAACCAUUUUCUGACACCAGGCUAAAAAUCAAUGUUCAGCUGCUCUGUCUAUUUCACAUUUGUUGCACCUCUGUCUGACAGCCAGAUUCCUGUAAGAUGUUCUUUUUGUGAAGAUGCUGAUUGUACAUUUUUUCAUUAGUGUUCGUCUGGUUGUUAGUGUUUGAUUAAUUAAUGUCCUCUAUUUCUACCUGUCUUGUUGAUAAUUUCUUGUUUCGCCCAUUCUGUAUUUUCUAUCUUCAGGUUUCUGUGGUAUUCUGUUUUCUUCUCCAUCAGUCUAAGUUUAUUGCCUGAUUAGCUCUUUCAAUAAACUUAGUACUGACAGUG